AUGCACGUGAAAUCUAAUGAAAAUCCAAGGCAACAGGAUCAAAACUCAGCUAGAUUCCAGACUUCAAUAAACCUUCAGCAGCUUCAAAAAUCUCAUUAUCAGUUUCCUUUGCCACCGCAACCACAGAAUUGGGACUUACCGCCUAAGGUUCGUUACCACAUACAAAAUAAUGUUCAAUCCACUCCUCUUCAAUCUCAGGACCAACAAUAUCAGCCGCCAUACCAACCACUUAGUCAAAUAAGAAACCGCCCACAAUAUCAGCCUCCUGUUCUUCCCCAACAGAGUAACACUGAACCUCAAUUCAACAUUCAGGAUCAGCAACAACAAUAUCAGUACGUCCCACAGUCACAAUUUCAACCCUCUAACCCUCAACCUAGUGUCAGCCAACAAGUAAUUUACAUUAAUGGCCAACCAGUAGUCAUCAAUACUUCUCAAGGCUCACGUUCGACAUCACCUACAGGUCAACAGGAAUCUGAUUCACAAGGCAUCUCUUUUUCUACUUCUCAUUCCACUGAAUUAAUCCAUCAAGAGCCAGAAAAGACUAGGGCUGUGCAGCCAUCUGUGCAAUCUGUGAUCCAGAAAAUACCAGCCUCGGAAAUCGAAUUUGACAAAAAGCCUAUCGCUAAAGACAAAGCCAGUAACGAGGAUGACUAUGUUAUUUACUAUUAUUAUUAUUAUGAGGAUGACAAAGCAAACAAAACUAACCCAACUCUGAGCUUAGAUGAUAUUCCAAAUCUUGAAUCGUACGAUCAUUCUCAAGGUAACUAUGCCAAAGACAAACCAGAAAAGAGCAAUAGAAGACUUAACAUCUCACAAAACGUAACCAACAAUGCCUUCAAAGAUCAUAGCAGUUUCUCGGUUUCACAGUCUCUAAGUUUACCUUUUCAAACCUCUUUUCAAGAUGCAGCAGUAACUGGAGUCUCUAAAACAGACAUGGAUCCUUCUAUAUCAGUCUCCAUAUCUGAAAAUUCCACUAUUUCUAAUACUUACCGCUAUGGAAACAAUGUUCUCAAAUUUCCUAUUUCACCAAAUUUAGUAGCUCAUCAAACAGGUGGUCAGAUUGAAUCACCAAGGAGGAGAAUUAAUAAUGAUGUGGAAUCUUCUUCUGCCAUAGGUGCCGGUCCCAGCUCCUCGGGAAGCAUUCCCUCACCAACAUCAAAUCUCUCGGCAAAUAAUGAGUUAAACAGAGAAAAAAACCCUGAAAAUAUAAAUGAAUUAACUGUCGUUCAAGCUAUAACAAAACCCACAGAAGCAUCUUUUAUCACAACUACUGAAGCUACAACUAGAACUGAAGAACCUACCACAACCACAGAAAGGAGCCGACGAUUAACUUUUGGCUCUCGACGCGGGUUUAGUACAAGAAGACGACAACCAAUAUCUUAUUAUCCAAGACGACCUACAUUAUCUACGACAACUACAGCUGAUUUCACGACGACUGAAGAAACUACAACUAGAAGGGAUCAGUCACGCGCUGGAAGUAGAUAUUCCAGAAGAAAUCGCUUUCGAUCGUCUUUCAGAAGAAAUCGCUUCGACAAUUCCAGUGAUGAUGGCGUCGAAGAAAACGAGAGAGAAAGUACAACUACAACUGAAUCUUCUCGCUGGACAACCAAACGACGUUUUGGUGGUUUCAGACGUUAUGGAAAUAGCAGAAACUCAAAUCGUGGUUCUACAGAGAGAACUGAAAACAUGUCGACUACUGAAUCCUCUGGUUCUCGGCCAAGUUUUUUGAGUCGUAAACAAAAUUCAAAAACACCUUCCUUGCCAUUUUUGCGAGGUGGUCGUAGAAGAUUUGGAUACCAUAAUGAGGAAGAAGGAGAGGUUGAGAAUACUACUGACCCCUCUACAUCAGCCACUGAUGCUUCAAAGAUCACUGUUAAGACCCCAGUUACUGAGGAAGCUCCUAAAGAAAUCAAAGACAGGGACUUGACUGCUAAGGACGACCAAGAAACUACUACUACUGAAAGCAGCCGUUUUUCUGGACUUUUUAGGCAAAGAAAGAGACCUUCUUUCUUUGGUAAGCGCCCAAGCUUCUUGAGCAAAUCGCGUUGA